AUUUCGUAACUUGAUUUCUUAGACCGCCGCCGCACAGCCCUACACUUUCGCAAUCAUAAUCUCCGACCACAAAAUCUCUGCCGCACCGCCACACUCCGCCGAUUGGGUUGCGCCAUGUGGUCACUACCUCCCGUCGACACCCCGCACCAACACCGAAUUGUGGAAAAAUAGGAAACGAUUACGCUAAUUGAAAGGCAAUUGGUGAGGACUACUCUGUUCAACCCGAGGAAAGGAGGCCCGUCCGUGCCCUCCUUGAUGUUGGCCUUUUGAGAACCACAACUGGAAACCGUAUUUUUGGUGCACUGAAGAUGGAUACGGCACGAGCCUUUAAGAAAAUUGCUCGAUUAAAAAGAAGAAGAGAGAUGCGUGUGAAGGAAUAUAAUACAAGUAGAAAUGCUGGGCUGAGAAAUAUUAUUGAAAUAUCGAAAAACAAUAUUACAGGCUUUGUGAAGCUUGCAAUAUUCAAACUGAAGCUUUUGUUUCUAACAUCGUUCAAAAAACACGAACAGAAACUCUUCAUGAACAGUUGGAUACAAGUACUUCUAUUUCAGAAGAAUCUACUUUAUGAGGUAUUUCUCAACCGAAUGUAGGUUUAUAUUUGCUUGUUGAAUCAUCGCAACUACAUUCUGUGCGUGUCGACAAAGGUAGUUCUGAAAGUGGUGAUGAUACAAUUGUAUCAAGUACUUUUCCAAAACUCAACUCUAAUAUGGAGGAAUCUAAUCUUGCGAACAUUCCAAGUUAUGAAAACAGAGGCCGUACAGGUGAAGAAUAUUCAGAUAUUGCGAGUUUGACUCCCGAGUGCUAUGAUGCUACUAUAAAAGCACGAUUGAUUCGAUUGGUGGACACACGAUUUCCAAGAUCGAAUAUUCGAAUUUUGAAGCUUUUAUUCAUUGACGCCUAUGGAUUCAUACUACAAGGCGUGGUACACGAAAUGAACAUUCCUAUUCUACUUCCAAAACUUCACGAAGGCAACGUGUACAGUAUUCAUAAAAUGAAGAUGAUUCUUUCGUGUUUAAAGAUGGCCACAAUACGCGCGGAGUUAUACUUCUGGAUAAAAGGAAAUCUAGCCAUAACUAAUGAGGAUAAAUUGAAAGUAGCGAUGAAGGAAGAAACGACGUUACUGGCCUGUGGUGCCCUGGUGAUAUCAGUUGAAGGUUCACGCGCAAUCGCUCUGCACAAAAAAAAAAAAGUGGAAUUCAUUAGGUCGAGGAUAUUUUCGAUGCCAGAAUUAUUGAACAUAGCAAAUUCCGAAAGAAUUAACAUCGCUAAUUUGCGAUAUCAAAAUGUGGUGAAAUUUUAUCGUGUGCUUGCACGCAUUAAACGAGUCGAUGGGGGGAAAGUAUGUAAUAUUUUAUUCGAUCCAUCAUUAUAUCCAAUCCCCUUAGAAAUAUACAACAGUACCGGAACACUGGCAUUAAAAUUGAAAUAUGCUCACCUAAAUUUCAUGUUCCGACUAGAUCUUCCCUUCGUGCGCAACUUUAUGCGACAGAGAAACGGAAAAGCAAAUUUUAAAGAGUAUUUGAGCACAUUUAUUGAUCGUGCUUAUAUAUUUAUACUUCCAGUGACGCCUAUAUUUGAUAGACCAGGUUCACAAUCUCCGGUAUAUCGUAUAUUAUACGUUGAUUGGUGUGAGAAAUGUGCUCAUGUGUUUAUCAGAUCUUCGUGAUGUAAAUUAUUAUAUUUACUAAUCUUUUUAUAAUAAUUAUAAA